GCCCUCCAAGAAACAGUAAACAAGGGAAUUCUGACUCGCAAGGCAAGAACCUCCCGAUCGCCGCUGGAGUUGCUUUUAUUACUCCCGGCAAAGGGUCAACGAGCGUGGACGAGAGCGUGUGUGGCUCAACAAGUUCGCCUGACGUCGAAACCACAUCCUCUAUGAUUUUGCUAGUUAUGGUUCACCAUAGAGAUCGCCCACACGUUGAAGUGAGCGUCUACGCGCUACUCGACGACGGAAGCGACUCCACGUUCGUGACAAAUUCCACUCUUAAGGAGCUUGGACUAGAAGGAACCGAAGUGUCCCUCAAGCUUAACACCAUGCACGGUAAGGAAAGCAUACCUGCGCAGAAAGUCGAGGGGCUGGUUGUUCAAAGGCUUGACAGACAAACCGUGAUAAAACUUCCGAAGGCGUACUCGAGAGAAUCAAUCCCAGCCAGGAGAAACCAAAUACCGACCCCUGAAAUCGCAAGUAAAUGGCGACACCUAACGAAGAUAAAGGAUGAGAUACCUCCUGUACAGCAUGACGUCGAAGUCGGCCUUUUGAUAGGUUGUAACUGUCCAAAGGCCCUCAAGCCCCAAGAGGUCAUCCUUGGAAACGACAAUGACCCAUACGCGGUAAGAACUAAACUAGGAUGGGGAAUUAUUGGUCCAGUGAGUCCUUCCUCUCUAGACAACGAAGACGACGCUUCUUUCUGUCAUAGGAUCGUCACUUGUGAAGUUGGUAACACGAGACGCGAUGGAAAGUUUGUAGUCGAUAACCAAACGAAGGAAGUCAUCAACCCCUUUGAAGUCCGGAGAAUGUUCGAACUAGAUUUUUCCGAACAAUACCACCAUGUUAAGGAGUUUUCCCAGGAAGAUCUGAAGUUUCUGGAGAUCGUUAAGCACGGCAUCAGCCUUCAAGACGGUCAUUACGAGAUGCCACUACCUAUGAAGGACAGAAAUCCGCUGUUACCAAACAACCGCGCAAUGGCUUGGAACCGACUCAAGCCCCUCAAGAAACGACUUGAAUCCAGCGAAACAUAUCGCCAACACUACGUGGAUUUCAUGAACAAGGUCAUGGACAAUGGUUAUGCUGAAAGGGUGCCAGAACAGGAGGUGACAGACACAGGCCGCAAGUCCAUCUGGUACAUUCCUCACCAUGGUGUGUACCACCCUAAGAAGCCCAAUAAAAUCAGGGUCGUUUUCGACUGCUCAGCACAGUAUCAAGGACAAUCCCUCAACAGUCAACUCUUGCAAGGACCUGACCUCACGAACAGUUUGACUGGCGUUCUCUACAGAUUUCGUCGAGAGUCGAUCGCACUCAUGUGCGACAUAGAAGCGAUGUUUUAUCAAGUAAGAGUACCACCAGAAGACAGAGACCUUCUGCGUUUCCUCUGGUGGGAAAACGGCGAUACAUCUAGAGAGCCUCAAGAGUACCGAAUGACUGUCCAUCUCUUCGGAGCUACAUCAUCACCAGGUUGCUCCAACUUUGCCCUCAAGGCUACAGCUGAUGACAAUGAAGCAGCUGUCGGUUCCGCGGCAGCAGAUUUUCUCCGACGCGACUUUUACGUGGACGAUGGAUUGAAGUCUGUGGCAUCAGUGGAAGAGGCAGUCGAAUUGGUGAAGGAUAUCAAAGAAAUGUGUAAACGAGGUGGCUUUAACCUACAUAAGUUCACGUCCAACAGAAAGGAAGUUAUCCAGCAGAUCCCAGUAUCCGAUAGAGCAGAGGGCAUCAAAGACCUGGAUUUCAGUCGCGAACACCUACCCAUGGAACGCGCCUUAGGAGUACAGUGGUGUAUAGAGUCGGAUACUUUCAAUUUCACCAUCUCCCUUAGAGACAGACCUUGCACAAGACGCGGAAUCCUUUCCACAAUCAGUUCGAUUUACGACCCACUCGGUUUCGUUGCUCCAGUCCUACUAGAAGGGAAGACCAUUCUACAGGAGCUUUGCAGAAAUAAUGCUGGAUGGGACGAUCCAGUUCCCAAUGAUGUACGAUCGAAAUGGUUUAUAUGGAAGGCCGAAUUAGAAGAAUUGCAAAAUUUCGCUAUCCCACGCUGUUACAAGCCUAUAGAUUUCGGAAGAGUCAUUAAGGCAGAGAUCCAUCACUUCUCGGACGCGAGUUUCAAGGGCUACGGGCAGUGCAGUUAUUUGAGACUGGUAAAUGAGAAUGGCAAAAUUUGCUGCGCUUUCGUACAAGGAAAGGCUCGAGUCACGCCUUUGAAAGCAGUAACCGUCCCGAGGCUAGAGCUCACAGCAGCUGUCCUAUCGGCACGAGUCAGCGAGCAGUUAAAGGGGGAGCUGGACAUCGAGAUAAC